AUAUUGUGUACCUUUUCUGUUACAUUUUUAAUUAUAUUUUUGUAUUUUUUGACUUUUUCAUUUUUGUACCAUAUUUGUAUGAUUUUUAAAUUUUUAACUAUUUUUACUUUUUAUGUAACUUACGAUUUUUUUUAUUAUUUUGAGUUUUUUUUUUAAAUUUUCAAUGAUAUAUUAAAAAUUAAAUCACAGAAAUUUAUAAGUUUUACUACCUCCGUCCCAUAAAAUUCUUCCCACUUUGACUUGGCACGGAGAUUAAGAAAGUGGAAUAAAGUGGAAAUGUAUGGUUGUGAUUGUGUAAGAAAAAAGUGAAAUGAAUGUGAACCACACAAAUUAUCCAAAAAUGGAAAGUGUGAAUUUUUGUUUGGGACGACCCAAAAAGGAAAGUGGGAAGAAUUUUAUUGGACGGAGGGAGUUUUUUUUUUGCAAUUUUACAACAUUUUACACUAUUUUAAACGUUUUUCAUUUUUAUUUUAAUUUAUGAUAAGCUUAAUUUACAUUUUUAUAAUUUGUUUUAUAAUUAUCGAAUUCAUAAUACGGAGUAUCUAACUUACAUUUUUUCUAUUUUUCAACUUUUAUUACAUUUGUUUUUUAAUUUUAUAUUUUCACUUUGUGUUUUUAAAAAUUAUUUAACACCUUUUGGGUUUUCCAUGAAUUCUUACCUUUUUUAUUUAAAAACAAAGAUGGAGUGGUUGGUGAAGUUUGUACAUUAAUAAAUUUGUAUUAAUGUAAAUUUCCAAUAUAUUAAUUUUUUUUAAUGUUUACUAAUACGUAAAUAAAUAUAAUUACAAUUAAAGUUGCACGUUGUCAAACGUGAAAGUCAAACUAUUGAAACUUUUAUGUAACGGAGGAUAGUAAGAAGACUCUAGUAAAGUGGACUGAUGUUUUUAGUCCGUUACCUCCGUAUAGUCAAUUUGUGAAAAUGAUGUAUUAGUAAGUUUAUUUUUGAAAAAAAAUGAAGGGUGACAAAAAUGAUAUUAUUUUCAAUUUUUAGUCUAUGUUUGAAAAAAUUCCAAAAUAUAUAGAGCCAAACUCACGAUCUCCAGAUUAUGGGCUUGAAUAUGUGCUCCGCAGAUAACAUAUUGUUGUACACUUUUAGUUAUUCGCUUGUAUCUACUACGUACUCCGUAUUAAAUUAGCCUUCAUAUAAUUGGGUCCAUGAGCAGCCCAUAUUAGCGGACCAACCAACUAUUUUUCUAUAUAUACUUAACCUAACACUAUUCAUCUUCAAUCUUUGCUAUUUUCCAUUUUGUUUCUAGAGAUUUGAGUAACAAUCAAGUCCUAUCCUUCCAAAACUAUACAGAAAUCCAUCACAAUUACAAAAAAUUAGCAAAAAAGGUUGUAAAAAAUUCGAAAAAAGAAGGAAAAAUCAGCCAUUUACGUUGGUGUCGUCUCCGCCAAACUGGUGUUCGCCUCUGUUCCUAAUUACCUCUCCGCCGCCAACUGCUCCGCCUCCGCCGUCACGGAACCGCCCACCUCGAUUCUGGUAGAUCACUCCGCCACAGAUAGCUCAACGGUCUGGUCUCACUUCCAGCGGUGCAUCAGCCUAAGGGUAAUAGAAUUAUUAUAGGCUUAGUAUUGUACUUUACAUUAAACUCUCUCUAAUAUAAAUAUAUCUGCCAGGGCUCCUCAGGGAGUAACCUUUUCCAUUAUUUCACAUGGUAUCAGAGCAUUAAUUUUUCCUCUCUCUCUUCCCUAACCCUAAUUUUUUUUUCCGCUACACGGCUUCCGCAGCCCCUCAGCAAAGCGCCGCCGCAGGCCGCAUCUCCGCCGCCGCAGGAUGCAUCUCCGCCGGAUCCAUGGAAUUCUCCACUGUGGCUCCAACUUCUUCGACCAUGGCGCCGGUCACAUCAGCCGCCACCGACGCAGCCUUAGUCAUCACCAGCGCCGCCACUCCUCUGACCGCGCCGCCGCAGGUGACUCCCUCGCCAGCCUCUUCUUCCUUCAUCGCUGACAUUCCCGGUGCCUACUCACUGUUUCAGACUCUUCAUCCGGGAAUUCCGUGGCAGCCACCUGCCAUGCCAGCGGCCCCAGGCCUCUACACGCCACCCAUCUCGGCUGGAUCAUCGUUUGCCGGUCCCACUUUUGUUGGCUCACCUGGUGUCUCCUCUGUCAUCCCUCCCUCUCGCACACCAGCAGUCAUCCCGACUGGCUCACUCCUCACAGAUCUCGCCCAGAGUAUCUCACAUGUGGCAACUAAUGUCACAAAUAUUGUAACUACCAAAUUAUUAGCGGUGGAAGACUACACUACCUGGCGUACACAGUUCGAAUCGUUUUUGGUGUCCCAAGCUCUCCUUGGCGUGGUUGAUGGAUCCAUUCAGGUACCCCCUGCUUAUUCCAUAGAUGCUCUUAACCGUCAAACUCACAAUCCCGAAUUUUCUACUUGGUUAAGAAUUGAUCAAGCCAUCCGUUCAUGGUUAUUUGCAACCCUAUCUAGGGAUGUUCUUAUCGAUGUACGUGAUUUAAAACAUUCAUAUGAAAUUUGGGAGCGGUUGGAGUCUCGGUUUAUGUCUGCUAGUUUAGCGAGAUCUAUGGAAUUAAAGCGUUUAUUUAAUCAAAUUAAAAAGAAACCUGAUCAGUCCAUGGAUAAUUAUUUGCGAGAAAUUAAAACAUUAGCUGAUGAUCUUGCCACAAUCAAUUGCCCUGUGCCUCAGCGUGAAAUUUUAAAAACUACUAUUAUGGGUCUAGGACCCGAGUAUGAAUCUUUAUACACUGCUGUGUCCUUAUUUGGACAAAAUUUCCCGUUUGAGACUCUCCGUAAUCAUCUUCUUGAGUUAGAGCAGCGGGUCCUUUAUCUCCGCUCCCAGGAAUCCCAGUCCAUUCAUCAGGCGUUUGGCGCGGCUGUUUCAUAUCCCAGGCAGUCGUCUGGGCAGCAGCCAACCCAGCAGAAUUCAAGAUCCACUCACCCGGUCGGGCAGCAGACUUACCCGGUCGGGCAGGCUCGGCAGAACGGCGCUCCACAGCGUGGGCGAGGACGUGGGCGCGGCAGAGGCCGCGGAGGCAGGGGGCGUGGCCGAGGACAGCAGCAGCAGGCAUAUUGGUUUCCCCAGGGGCAUCCAGUUUAUUACCCCGGAGGGGGUGGGCAGUCGAGUACUCCUGCAGGGGGUGUGACAUCUACGGGCUUGCCAUCAGAUGGAGGUAUUCUCGGAUCUGUUCCCCAUCCCGUUGUCUGUCAAAUUUGUUUUUCUACAGGUCAUUCUGCCAUUAACUGUCCUUCUCGUUUUACACAACCGACGUCUCCUGCUCUGUUGACUACUCCCGGUGACACUACUCCUGCUCUAUGGUUUCCUGAUUCAGGAGCUUCUGCUCAUAUGACUGCAUCUGAAGGUAAUUUAGUUAAUAAAUCUCCCUACACCUGCUAUAAUUCUGUUAGUGUUGCCAAUGGUGCCCAUCUUCCCAUAUGUAAUAUUGGUGAUGUUGCUUUACCUACAUCUGGUCGUCCUCUCACUUUAAAAUCCGUUUAUCAUGUGUCUCAGUUAAAAUAUAAUUUAAUUUCCAUUAAAAGGCUCUGUGCUGAUAAUAAUUGUACUGUAAUUUUUGAUAAAAAUUCUUUCUUGGUUAAGGACAAAGCAACGGGGGCAAUACUUCUGCGAGCAACUAGUAGUGGACCACUUUAUCCUCUCCAUCUGCCGUUUGCAUCACCAUUAGUUUUUGCUUCCGUUUUAGCUUCUGGCCCUGUGUGGCACCGUAGAUUAGGUCACUGUGGUGAUAGUACUUUACAGUUUCUUAAGAGAAAACAAUUUUUAUGUAGUCAUACUCCCUUUACUCAUGAGUGUGUGGCCUAUCGUUUAGGAAAAUCACAACGUUUACCUUUUAUGGAUGCUAGUCAUAAUUCUAUUUUUCCUUUGGAAAUUAUUCAUUCUGAUGUGUGGCAGUCACCUGUGUAUUCAAAUUUGGGAUUCAAGUAUUAUGUAUGUUUCAUUGAUGAUUUUUCUCGUUAUACUUGGAUAUAUCCCAUGUGUCACAAAAAUGAAGUUUUCAUGCACUUUAAAAAUUUUAAAGCUUUGGUUGAAAAUCUUUUUAAUCGGAAAAUUAAAAUUUUUCAAAGUGAUGGGGGAGGUGAAUUUGUUAAUAAUAAUAUGCAGCAAUUUUUCUCUGCUAAUGGCAUUUACUUUAGAAAAUCUUGCCCUGACACACCUCAACAAAAUGAGGUUGCUGAGCGCAAGCAUCGUCAUUUACUUGAGUUAACUAGGACCAUGCUUCUUGAAGCUUCGGUUCCGAGUCACUAUUGGGUCGAUGCCAUAUUUACUGCUGCAUAUAUUAUUAAUAGAUUACCCUCUCCAACCUUAAAUGGUCUUACUCCGUAUCAAAAACUGUUUAACCGAGUUCCAGAUUACUCCUUUAUGCGAGUAUUUGGUUCUGCCUGUUAUCCAAAUUUUAAUGCCACCUCAGCCAAUAAAUUAUCACCUUGUUCAGUUCAGUGUGUUUUCCUUGGCUAUGCAUCCGGUUAUAAAGGCUAUCGUUGUUUGGAUCCUUUCACAGGUCGAGUCUAUGUUAGCCGUCAUGUUAGGUUUCAUGAGGAUACAUAUCCUUUUAAAACUCUCUCGUCUGCUCCAUCCAGGUCUAUUUCUACUACACCAUCUCCUAUGCAUCUCACCGAUAUCACUCUUGAUCCACCACUCCAGUCUGUUCCCACAAUUACGGCCGCACCAGCACCAACCCCAUCAUCGCCACCUCGGUCACCAAGUAUUCCUAUCACUCCGUGUGUACCGUCGCCCCAACAAUCCUAUCCCACGGCCACAACCAGCCCCCCACCAUCCCAUCUCUCCUCCCAUACUUCGUCUAGCACGCCACAUACAUCAUCAACCGACACUGUCUCACCUGAAACCACCUCACCUACGUCCACUACGGUAGUUAAUCACCAUCCCAUGCAAACCCGUGCUAAGUCAGGAAUUUUUAAGCCUAAAACCAUUUUUAAUUUAAGUACAGUUACUAUCAAUGCAGAUCCUACCUGUUUUACUGAGGCAAAUAAACAAUUAAAAUGGCGUGAGGCGAUGGCUGAUGAAUUUAAUGCACUCAUUAAUAAUAAUACGUGGGACUUGGUGCCCUUUGAUAACUCUAAAAAUAUUGUUGGUUGUAAGUGGAUUUAUAAAACUAAAUAUCAUUCUGAUGGAUCCUUAGAGCGCCAUAAAGCUCGAUUAGUUGCACAGGGUUUUAAUCAGCAGGCAGGUAUUGAUUUCUCUGAAACUUUUAGUCCUGUCGUUAAACCCACCACUGUUCGUAUUGUACUUACUCUAGCUAUUUCUUUUGGGUGGGGUAUACGACAACUUGAUGUUAAAAAUGCCUUCUUACAUGGGAAUCUGACAGAAGAAGUUUAUAUGCGGCAGCCCCGCGGUUUUAUUCACCCUCACUUUCCUAAUCAUAUAUGUCGUCUGCGCAAGGCCAUUUAUGGCCUUAAGCAAGCUCCACGAGCCUGAUUUCAUAGAUUUAGUAACUUUCUUCUACAACAUAAUUUUUCCUGUAGCAAAUCCGACAAUUCUUUGUUCAUAUACCGCCAGAAUAAUACUAUUAUUUAUUUAUUAUUAUAUGUGGAUGAUAUUAUUAUUACUGGCAAUUCGGAUUUCUCUGUUACCCAAUUUAUUUCAAUUAUAUCUAAACAUUUUGCUAUGAAAGACUUGGGUAAUCUCCAUUAUUUUCUGGGUGUUGAGGCCAUAUGUUCAGCUAAAGGUUUGUUUCUCUCUCAACAUAAAUAUGUUACUGACCUUCUAGCUUGUUUUCACCUUCAUACUGUCAAACCUGUUCGCACCCCGUUAGCUUCCCGUACCACUCUGUCUCUUUCUGAUGGUGAGUUAUUAUCUGAUUCUACUGAGUAUCGCAGCAUGGUUGUUGCAUUACAAUAUUUAACUUUGACACGACCAGAUAUUACUUAUACAGUACACUUAGUGUCUCAGUUCAUGCAUGCUCCUCGUACCACUCAUCUUUUUGCAGUCAAAAGAAUUUUCAGAUACUUGCAGGGAACACGAGAUCAUGGACUUUGACUUCAUUCAGCAGUCUAAUCGGCCAACCUGUAUAGUUGCUUACUCCGAUGCAGAUUGGGCAGGUUGUCCUGAUAGUUCUCGGUCUACCACAGGUUUUGCUGUAUUUUUGGGCCCUAAUUUGGUUUCCUGGAAGGCUAAGAAGCAGCCCACUGUGUCCAAGUCCUCCACUGAAGCGGAAUAUCGUGCCAUUGCUUACACAGUACAAGACACACUACAUAUCCGCUCAGUCCUGUUCGAAUUUGGAUGACCUAUCUCCGAGCCGGUACAUUUAUUAUGUGAUAAUAUAUCUGCUUCUUACUUGACUGCAAAUCCAGUUCAGCAUGCUCGCAGUAAACAUAUUCAGAUUGAUUAUCAUUUUGUUCGCGAACGGGUUGCUCAUGGAGAUCUGAUUGUUCAACAUGUUCCUACUCAUCUACAGCUGGCAGAUAUUUUUACUAAAAGUCUAUCUAGUCAACGUUUUCAUUUUUUGAAAGACAACCUGUGCGUUGUAUCUCCCGCACAGUUUGAGGGGGUGUAAUAGAAUUAUUAUAGGUUUAGUAUUGUACUUUACAUUAAACUCUCUCUAAUAUAAAUAUAUCUGCCAGGACUCCUCAGGGAGUAACCUUUUCCAUUAUUUCACAAAGGGAUCUCCAUUACAUCGCCGACGACUGAGGGCAGUUCCUACAUCAGCCCUCUCACUCUCCGCAGUUGGACCGGGCUGCUUUGCUGCACCUUUCAACAAUUGGGCCUCUAACCUGGAGUCGAAGACAUAUGGCCCAAAGAGGAGUGACCCGCAUAUUGAAAUCAAAAUUCCAAAAUUCUCCAAAAGAUAAGUACCCUGAAAACUCCAACUAAAUUUAUGACAUACUAUGUACGUAGUACUGUAGUAGUAGUAUUUAAUAAACUUAAAAUACUAGACCAAUGUUUGUAGUUCCGAAAUAAUAAUUAAAAUCCAAAAAAAAUGUCGAUCAAUAAUAAUUAUCAUAUGACCAAGUUCGACCAUUGUAGGCUACUAGACUAGUGCUUUGCUUCUUCGUAUAAGCUUAUAAUGAACCACACCUUCGAAUUAAGUUGUGACGGAACAUAUAAAAAGAUGCCUUAUUGAAUAACAUUGGAUACAACUAAUCUAGAAUGGUAGAUUUGAACAAACAUAAAUUUCAUCAUCUGGGUAAGAAAAUUGUAAAUGACUUAGCAUUAUAGACUAUUUAGAAUACUACGAACUUC